UGUAACACAUUUUUUCUGAGAAAUACACAGCAUAUACAGAACUCACAUUGGUCUCUGAUAUGGCCUGCAUAACUCAAUUGUGCCUUGGCCAUUUAUGAAUAACAGGACAUCCCAAACUUAUGUAAACAAAACCCUAAGAUGUAUUUUGUGAUGUGUUGUGUGUAUGUAUCCAGCACCAUAUCUCAUUUGCGACAUGAAUUCAGCAGCUGUACUAGAUAAGCAUCACUGUGCACAACAUGCAUGAGGCAUCAAGGAGAAAAUAAUUUUGUCCCCGAUAACCCCUACCUGUGGUACAAAUCGUGUGCAAAGGGAAGGGUCUGGGAGAGGAAAUUCUCCCAUCAUGAAGCUCCUCCCACCAAAGGGCAGGAUUUACUUUCCAGUAGAAUAGGCUGCAGAGUCUACCCUGAAACCAGGCAGAUCCCAAAGACCUGUGUGAGGCCAAAGAUACCAGGAUGGAAACCUCCAUGCCACUGCACUGGCUCUGUGGCCCUCUGAAGUUCCAGCUUCCACAGCUUCCUGACAGCUGCAUAGGAUCUUGAAGAAUAAGACAAUCCAAGCACCAAACCUCCAUGACAUUGAGAAAGCAUUAACUGAGGAUCUCCAGACUAUAGAACAAUACUUCCGGAAAUGGAGGCUCAAACCAAACCCUGGAAAAAUAGUAGGUAAGCAAGCUAAGGACAAGACAAAAUUUUCCCCAAAAAAAUCAUGCAAGGAAAGAAGAAAGAGAAAAUUAAAACAAAAGCCAGUUCACUUCUUGACACUUCCAUUCUUGAAAAGUUUAUGAAAACCUAUGAAAGGCAUUGUGCCUUUUCCCAAAGCUCUGUCAGUGGCACGAUCAAACGGAGCUUGAGAAAAUGCAUAGAAAAUGAAACUAUUCUUACAAAGUUUGUGCUCACAAACUCUCAGAAUUCCCAGCCAGUCUUCCUCACACCUCUAUUAAGGACAAUUAGAGAUGAACGGUAUAUGUUAGGAAAGGAACUCUGUAUCUGGGGAAUUCAGCUAAACGAUCAAGACAUUGUAAACCUUGCAAUGCUUUUAGAGCGGAAUGGACAUACCAACUAUCCCUUUUGUACUCUAGAAAUAACUCAUGUUCCGAUAGAUGCAUGGUCCAUGGAGCGACUUGGAGCAGCUUUCCCUUUCAGCAACUUGAACUCCAUUGUUCUAGAUUAUACCAAGUUUGGAGAUAAAGGAAUCAAUGGACUUGUUUCUGGAUUAGAGGGAAACACAAAACUUCUAACCCUCAGCUUAUGUUACUGCAGUUUGGAACCUGAAAGUGGGUCCAAGUUAGGCCCCAUUGUAGCCCAAACUGCCAUUUGCAAUCUUUAUCUAAAUGGUAACAACUUGCAAUGUUUGGGUGCCCUUGAGCUCAUCACAUCAAUAGCUAUAUAUGCAGACAAUCUUGGAAGAGAUAAGGAAACAAAUACCUUCCUAUUCAACAAUUAUUCUGAUAAUCAAGUACCAGAAGCAGACAAAGAUUUGGGUAUCCACUCAACAGCUUCUGGCUUGAACGUUGCUUCCAAAACAGGAAACUCUAACACAGUGGAAAGUAGUAUGAGGAAGGAAAAGAAAAGAAAAGGAACUAAAAAAAAAGAAAAGAAAAGUGAAGUUGGCCCAUGGUUAGUUAAAUUGCAUUUGGCUGAUAAUGGUAUAGAUGGAAGAGGAAAGGGAGGAGAAAAGAUGGUCUUGGAGUUCACACAGUUUUUAACUUACCUAAUCAAACACUCUGAACACUUGAUAGAACUUGAUCUACAUGGCAACGCUAUAGGAGAACUUUGUGCAACAGACAUCCUGGAAGCUCUUAAGGAGAGAAAAAAAGACAAGAUGCCAGGCUUAAAUAUUAAGGUUACACCACAGAUUUCCUCAAAUACUUUCAAGUCAAUUUUCAAGAACAGCAAGAAGCUCAAAUCAACUAAAAAGAGAAUGAAAAAGGGCCUACUUCAAACACUUCAGGCACAUAAGUAGUGCCAUUGAAGUCAACAGGACUACUUGUGUGCUACUAUGUGUAUAUGCAUAACCAUUUUCAAGAUCGAGAUCUCAGCAUAACUUAUUUCAGAUACACCAAUUAUGUAUUCAUUUGGAAUAAGAUUGUGACAUCCAAUACCUUGAGAUGGGGGGCAUCCUGGAACCCCCACAUUCCCAUGAUCUUGCAUAUAAAGCAUGCCUUAUAAGGUAUCAGGGGAAAGGUUAUGAUAUGCUGAAAGUCAUU